GAAGCAACUCAUGAAAUGUCAGCAAACGGUGGACGAGAGCGAGAGGAGAGCCGAAGAGUGUCUCAAACAAAGCGCUGCUUAUAAACAGGACUACACGUCGGCCGCCAAUAAUCUGGGAAUAACUGGCCAAGACAUCCGAGAAGAGCUGAUGUCUCAACUCAACAAUUUGCCCAAAAAAUUGGAUGAAAUCUUUGGCGACAUUUCACAACUUUCUCUCAUUAGAGACUAUUACAAAACAUUCCUUACAUUCACUCUUAAAAAAGAUAAAGUGGAUUGUCUGCCAGUAUUGUGUUAUUUACUGGAGAAGGGAAACACCACUUAUUUUGAGUAUCGGACGGGUGUUGUGCCGGAAUUGAUCGAGGAAUUCAAGUCAACCGUUUGUUUUAGUGAUGAAAACGUUAGCCGACAGGCUUCUGAUGUCGGCAACGAUAAUAUUGAUUUCGGCGACGGAAUAGAUUUUGGUGACGACACGGCCAGCACUGAGACCCCUUCCACUGGAAAUGGAGAUUUUGUUCACAUUGAACAGGACGACUUAUCUCAGGAGCAAAUAGAUUAUGGCAGUGAAGGUGAAGCCAUCAAUUGGGACAUCACUAGUGCUUCAAAUGGUGAUGAGAUCAAAGGG